AUGCCUUUUAAAAAUGUUGUAUCAUGGAAUGCCAUGAUUUCUGGUUAUGUUCAUAACCACAUGUUUGAUCAAGCUCUUUGUGUGUUUCGCAAGAUGUUAAUAGACGGCAAGUGCAGGCCUGAUCAGAGUACUUUGAUUAGCUUACUAUCCGCGUGCACUCACUUGGGGUCCCUAGAACAUGGAAAAUGGAUUGAGUCCUAUAUUGAGAGAAACAAGUUUGACUUGUCUGUUCCCCUAGGGAAUGCGCUAAUAGACAUGUUUGCAAAGUGUGGACAUGUAGAAAAUGCAAAAGCAGUUUUUAAAAAGAUGACUAAAAGGUGUAUAAUUACAUGGACAACGACAGUGUCAGGUCUAGCUGUUAAUGGGUUGUGCAGAGAAGCCAUAGCUCUCUUUGAUACAAUGUGUUCAGAGGGAACUAAACCAGAUGAUGUCAUUUUUAUUGCUGUUCUGUCAGCUUGCACUCAUGGAGGGUUUGUGGAAGAGGGUAAAAGAGUUUUUGAUCAGAUGGAACAAGAGUUUGGCAUCAAACCCCGAAUAGAGCACUAUGGUUGCAUGGUUGACCUUCUAGGUCGGGCAGGGAAGUUGGAAGAAGCAGUCAUGUUUGUAGAAAACAUGCAUUUGGAGCCAAAUGCUGUCAUUUGGGCCAGUCUACUAGGUUCCUGUAAGAUUCAUGGAAAUGGAGAUCUGUUGGAAUCUCUAACCAGACGGAUUAUGGAGCAGGAGCCUGCAAAUCCCAGCUAUUUAACUCUUAUUUCAAAUUUGAGUGCAUCAAUGGGACAAUGGAAAGAUGUGUUGACCUAUAGGCAAGUCAUGAGACAGCAGGGAAUAGAAAAGGUUCCUGGUUGUAGCUCAAUCCAAAUGGGGAACAAGAUCCAUGAGUUCCUAGCCCAUGACACAAGGCAUGAGCAAAGAAAAGAACUUUACGUUGUUUUGAAUGGUUUAAAUGACCACUUAGCAGCAGUAUGCAAUGGACUGUGA